UUGAUCCGUAACGUCGUCAACGUCAUGGUUUUAAGACGUAUCACAGAUUUUUACACUCUUAUAAGAAAUGUUUUGCUCCCCUCUAUAACCUCUAACCGAGGUGGGAUCUCAUAGUAACAUAAGCUGAUAUAUAAUUGUCAUCCCAUCUCCCGGUUGCUGCCAUCAUUUCUUAUUCUAAUGUUCUUUGCCUUCAUCUUGCCCACAUGUGUCAUUAUAAUGAACCUAACUUUCCCUCUCCUUUUCUUCACCUUUUGAAAUGUAAUGACCGAAACUGGAGGCUGCUGGUCAACCAUGAAGUACAGUACCUGCGUUAUUUCAUAAUGUGAAAGUCUUAUAUGAAAGAAAAUGUUAACUUCAAUGCUUUCAUACUCGACCGUUGGAUCUUCAUAACUAAAACAUCACCUUUGUGAUUAGCACUCGCCACCGUUCUUGAAAUCAUAGAUUUGACCCGUUCAAUUCUAUUUCCUUCUGUGGAGUUUAUAAAAUAUGACCAACCUCAUCUAGGAGACCAAGCAAUCCGCCUGAAUAAAUUAAUUUCCUUCUAAUUGUGUCUUCCAUUGGUGUGAUCGACAACAAAUUCCCUAAAAUCAUGAGUUUAUCCUAAUAAGCCUCAUUGCAUAUAUCUGGACUAAGACUCUCUUCUUGUGGGAAAAAACUCCUGUAAGAAAUGUCUGAAAGGUGUGCUAUAACACCCAUAUUGCCAGCCAUCUUGCUCGCUGCCAUCAUCUUCCUCAUAUGUGGAGAUUGCAUAAUCUACAAAGUUUCGUUUCCAACAGUAUCCAUAGAUGAGAAAGACAAUUCAAACUCAACAAUUGCGCCCAUCGCACAAGUGCACAUUGAGCCAACUUUAGUUGGAGAGCCACUGCAGUCCUCGCCAAAUAACAGAGAUGAUAAUGAUAGUGAAACUUUCGAUUCGCUAGUAGUUCCAUCCAAUAUUUCAGGAAAAAAGGCAAGAAUUGAUUGGUUUAGGAAGCAUCUUCCUGACUUUCGGAUUUUGCAGUCUAACAACUUGACGCAGAAGUUCCACGAUCGAUUUUUGGAGUUCCUCAGCCAAAAGUGUGAGACACAGUUCUUCAUGACAUGGGUAUCUCCAGCAAGGUCUUUCAGGGGCAGAGAAUUAAUGGCAGUAGAAAGUGUUUUCAAGUCUCACCCACGUGGAUGCUUAACUAUUCUAUCAAGAACACUGGAUUCAGAAAGAGGCUGCCAGAUUCUUAAACCUCUACUUGAUCAUGGGUUUAAAAUUCAGGCAAUCACACCGGACUUGCCUUCGCUGUUCAAAAACACCCCGGUGGAGGCUUGGUUUGAUGAGUUGAAGAGAGGGAAAAAAGAUCCAGGUCAGAUUCCUUUAGCUCAGAAUCUAUCUAACCUCAUGAGACUUGCAGUUUUAUACAAGUAUGGAGGUGUUUACAUCGAUACAGAUUUUAUUGUUUUGAAGUCUUUCAUGGGUUUGAAGAACUCAAUUGGCGCACAAAGUAUUGAUCCAGUAUCUAAGAACUGGAGAAUACUGAAUAAUGCUGUUCUUGUUUUUGAUAAGAAUCAUCCACUUCUAGAGAAAUUCAUGGAAGAUUUCGCAUCAAAUUUUGAUGGGAGCAGAUGGGGCUAUAAUGGACCUUUUCUGGUCUCCAGAGUAAUGUCAAAGGUAACAGGAGCCACAGCUAGACCUGGUUUCAAUGUCACCGUAUUACCACCUGCAGCGUUCUACCCAGUGGACUGGACUAAGAUUGGUGAACUUUUUAAAAGCCCAGAAAACCGAGCAGCUGCAAGUUGGGCAAAAGCAAAACAAGCUCAGAUAAAUAAAGAGGCUUAUGGAAUACACCUAUGGAACAAGCAGAGUAAGAAUCAUAUAACGCAAAAGGGAAGCGUGAUAGAAAGAUUAUUCUCUGAUCAUUGCAUCAUUUGCAGCUAUACUUAGGAUUAGGGAAAAAAAACUACAAUUUAUUUAAUACACUAACAGUGAACCAUUUUCCUCCCAAGAAUCAUAAUGAGAUCAUGACCCAAUCUUUUAUCCCAGAUGUGAAAUUUCCCAAAUUAUAGCUUUUCUUUGUUUUCGUCUGUUUUUGUGAGUCUGCAAUUACUCUAAUGCACAACCUUUGAAGGCAUCAAGGGUUUACUCAAAGACUCAAAUAAGAGACCUCUACAUAGGUGUUUAAGAGAAUGAAUCUUCUCCAUCGCAUUCAUUUACUAAUUUUCUACAAUAUCAUGAUCAGAAAUAUUACUCUCUGAUUCUUUUGAACCCAAUCUCUGUGCAAUAUCAUGUCUAGAUGAUUAUAUCUGAAGUCUACAGUAGAGGCAGGUUUUAUUGCCGUCACAAUACUUCCUCCCCAAAUAAAUCUAACCGGUCUCCAAACCCUGUGGACUGUUAAGGCCACUUCAUCUUCAUAGAGUAACCAAUGCACUUUACCAAUUAAUCAGCCGUGGAAGCUCAAGAA